UCCCACAGAAGAUCCAGAUGAUUAUAGAGAGCCUCCACAGCACCCAGUCUUCGGACAUGAGCGAAAACAUGCAGACUGAAAAGGCUGCUCAUUCCAGCCACGAGGUUGACUACAAGGGUCAAAUGCGACUCAUGGACACUUCUGCCAGAUCCCGGCGAACAGGAGCAGACACUAAGCCACAGCCCGCCAGAUCUGAUACUGGCGAUGAUUCGGACAGUGAUGAUUCUGUGGACAGAGGCAUUGAUGAGGCCAUUCAGGAGUAUUUGAAGGAGAAGGUGGGGCACAAGCGCAAAGGGGAUCCGAUGGCAAGUUCGCCCCCAGCGCCCAAGCUUCAGCGGAGGGAACCAGCUGUCCAAGAUGCUGCUAAACAACACACACAUUCCAGUAGUGGUAAGGUGCUAACUGCAAGCAAUCAUAUACAGAGAGCCUUAAGUGGGACGCAGCCCCUUAAGAAGAAAGUCAAGAAGAAGAAGCUAAGCAAAGAAAAUCCCUUUAAAAGCAGACACAAACCCAGAGCUAAGAAAGGAUCUUCCUCGUCUUCAGAGAUGGACAGAUCUCCACCUCGUCUCGUCAUUAAAGAGGAAGAGGAAUGGCUCGAUUCAAGCAGCGAUGAUGGAAUUGAAGAGGAGAUUCAGAGAUUCCAGCAAGAGAAAAAACAAAAACAGGAAGGUGACAAAGAUGCCCUGAGAUCUUCACGACAAAGGGACGACUCUGAAUCGAGCAGCGAUGCAGGUAUUGAGGAAGCAAUCCGUCGCUUCCAGGAAGAAAAACACAAGCAGAAGAAAAAGAAAAGUCCUCUCAAAUCUGCCCAACUUGUGCCUGUGCAACGUAGCAAACCAGCCGUCGCUUCUUCUGAUUGCAUGAGCACUGAGCCACUCAAAGCACUGUCCAAGAAGAGCAAGAAGAAGUUGAUAACCAAGAAGUCUAAUCUCCCUACACCACUGGGUGUAAGCCACUUUUUGAACAAGUGUACAUCCCAGGGCUCUAAAGUCAUAGGGUGUGCACCACCCCCUUCAAACUCGAAACAAACCCACACUGAACAUCAGAUCCAUUCCAGCCUGAAGGUCAACACUGCUGAGCUGAUGUGUGCUGAAGCUAUUCUAGACAUCUCCAAAACCGUCAUGCCCGAGGUGUUUGAGUCCAACUUAAACAUUGCUAACAGAAAUUUGCUUCAGAUGCCAACAUUCCCCACUGUUGCACCAUCUGCAGAUAAAAGUGAUGAAAGCUCUGUUGACAGUGAGGACGGCAUUGAACAAGAGAUAAGGAAAUUUUUGGAGCAUAAAGCAAAGAUGAACAAAGAGCUUCCAACAACAACAGUUGCACCUCCACAAGCUUCAGGAGAUCCCACUGCAAGCAAAGAGCCAAAGAAGAAGAUGAAGGAAACCCAGCCGAAUAAAUCAGUGAGGCUCUCCCUGUCAAAAAAACGCAAGUUCAAAGAAGUACAAAGCAACCUUCUAGAGAUGGUGACUUUGGUUAUGAAUAUUAAAGAGGAGCCUCCAGGGACACCUCUAAAUCAUAGUGACUCCACCAGACCAGAGCUUUCAACUACACCCACUGUGACAUCCCAUUCAAGUAGUCUAACCACCAUGAAAAUCAGCAAACCGAAGCAGAACUCCCCACCUCGCAAGGUAUGUCCAGUCCGAAGACUGCUAUUGGCUCAGAGAGAAAAUGACAGCAGUGGCAAAAGCAGCUCCCUGGACAGUGACGAGGAUCUAGAUGCCGCAAUUAAAGACUUGCUUAAGACAAAGAAAAAAGUCAAAAAGAAAGUGAGGGACAUGAAGGUGAGAAAAAGCACCAGACCUUCCGAGGGUUCAUCUUUGGAUGCUAUGAAAAAACAGAAACCUUUUACAGACCUGAAGAGUAUCCCUUCCAAGCUUGUUAAGUCUGGCAUCUUGAAAGGUGGCAAAGAAACACUCAACAUUCAGAGCAAAAAUGACAAGGGUCAUAAAGCAAAAGCAGUUAAAGGCAAAUCAGAAGUCCAGAACAUCAAAGAAUCUAAAAGCCCUGCACAACCUGACAAGGUGACUGGUAAUGGUGGGAUUCCUAAGACUCAAGAUGUGGACAUACCUUCUUCCAGUCUGCAUGCAGAAGACGACGACAGUUCUGUGGACAGCGAUGAUAGCAUUGAGCAAGAGAUCAGGAGAUUUCUAGCUGAAAGAGCCAAGGAGUCUACACCUCUCACCGCAAACACCAAACAGGAGGAAGAGGGCCAUUCUGAAACUCCAGUUUCUGCUUCAGCAUCAACCUCUGGUAGACUCUUCAAAAGUGAAACACAAGCGGAAUCCAUGGGCACACCUGCAAGAUCCGCGGAUACACCUGUAGAACUCAACGAGGGACCAGUCCUGACACCUGGCAGCUCUUGCAUUAUGGGUUGUAGGAGGACCGAAAGUCAAAAAUUUGAGAUCUCGACCCCAAGAGAUCCAAAGAACGGCAGCUCCCAGACAGGAAAGGACACUCCAACAACUCAUACCAUCAAACCCAACUCCUUCACUACGCCCUCUGUGAGCUCAGAGAUGCCCCGACCAUCAGGUCAUCAACACCAGAACCUAUUCCUGAUGAGACCCGUUAACAGCAGUAUGAGCGACGUCAAGGAACUUUCCUCGGCAGACGGUAAUGACCUUGCCGUCAGCCGCCAGAGGGUACAGUUAGCCACUAGGAUACCUUUGAAGGAUGUCAUUAGUUCUCUUUGUCUCUCGCCUAUCUCGAAACCUCAAAUUAGUUCCUGUGCUGUCACCAGUGGUGACCUCUCGACCUCAGCGCCCCCUGGGGGCAGGACAGAGGGACUUUACUUGCAUAACCGCCUUAAAAGGGACCGACCCCUCUCUGAUAGACCACACUUAUCCCCCGCAACCUCACACCUGUGCCAGCCCACCCCUGUACUGCACCCCCACCAGGUCGGCAGUGUAAUCCAGGUACAACGGGACCAGGCUGCUUUCCCAACGCCCUUAGCAAAAACAAACCACCUGCAGGUCAGCCAGAUUGAGCCGACUGAGUCCACUGCAUGUUUAGGAGCGAGACAAAGGGAGGGAGGAAGUGUUAGCAAGGAAGAGAAAGAGCAGGAAGAUGAGGAAGAGAAAUGUGUUGAUGAGACAGAUGUAGAGUCAGAUGAGGAAAGGAAAGAUCAGAAGACAAAAGACAGGAAGACGCAGCCCCAUAAUCAGUCUUUGUCCACCUCUAUAGAUCCAGGGUUGUUGUUAAGUCCAUAUAUUGCCCUGGACACAGAAGAGAGGAGUCUGAAAUUCCAAACCAGGCGCCUUCAUAUUCAAAAGCAGCUAGAGGUACAUAAAAAGACUGUAUUAAAAAUUCAUGCAUUUACUUGCACACACACAAACAUUUAUGUAACACAGAUUUGAUCCACCUAGUGCUUGUGAGUGAAUAUAUAGCCUACCUGAUGGUUGAGUUUAUGAUUGUUUGCCAAAAGGUCUGUGUGUGUGUGUGUUGUAGGAAAGCAAAACAGUUAAACGAAGGCUGCAGUUUGUGAUCAAUGUGACCAGGUAAAUACACUUGCACAGAUAAUACAGGACAUAAUGCAUUCUUCUCACUUUACUUGAUAUAAAACGACGGCUCAGUUUAUAGCGGUUAAUAUAAAACGACGUAUUUAGAUACUUUAUGGUUAUUAAGCAUUAGUGGAUCUUGUCUAUGAUGUUUGGUUUUAUUACAGGUAAACUGAAGCCGCUGGAAAAUAUGAGGUUCACGUGUUCAGA